CUCAGCAGACGUCUGCGCUGCUCAACACUCAAAAUGCCUACGUUACUUAAGCGGUCACUCUUCCUGCUAUGAGUGGAAAGUGCUGGACUAGGACAUAAACAUGUUCAACAGCAGACACACCAGCCUCAGAAAAAGAGGAGGAAUAUGGGGAUUAUUCAUCCUCAUGCUUUACACCAGCCCUCAUUGCUGUUUUGCAAAUUUCAGCCAAGCAAAAGAGCUCAUCUAUAAGAUAAAGGAGGGAUUACCCAAGGGGACCUUCAUCGGGGCCAUUGGAGUAGACUUAAAUUUGGAUUUCACUGUUGAGCCCCCCUUUUUAUUCAAUCUGCCACAAAAGAAGGUCAGUGAACAGUAUGUGAACCUAAAUAAUACCAACGGGGAGCUUUACACAUCUGCUACAGAGAUUGACAGGGAGACCCUCUGUCCUGAUAACGCAGAGGGACAGCAGUGUGUCCUCUCAUUGGAUGUCUUUGUUUUGCCUCAGCAGUACUUCCAGCUGAUCAAAGUAAAGAUUUUUAUCGAGGAUGUGAAUGACAACAAACCAAAGUUUCCGGUGAAUGAGAUCUGUAUCUCUGUCCCAGAAAACACACCCAUCAAUGCUCGCUAUGCAGUGGAGCAGUCUGCAGUUGACCCUGACCUGGGUCUUUACGGAGUGCAGACCUACUGGCUUGUUAAUGACUUUGGGGUUUUCACAUUGGACGUGGAGGAAAAUGAUGGGGGUGAGCUGACACCCUUCCUCAUUGUGACAGGGGCUUUGGACAGGGAGACCCAGGCUGAAUACAUUACAGACAUCAUUGCAGAGGAUGGAGGGACCCCUCCUGAACUCGGUGCGGCUACCUUAAAAAUUGUCAUCACAGAUGUAAACGAUAACUGUCCCCAAUUCACACAGUCACAAAUUAAUGUUACUCUGUAUGGGAAUACCACCAAAGGGGCACAUUUGGCACGUCUGCAUGCGCUUGAUCCUGACCUUGGUGCUAAUGCUCAGAUCAGCUAUGCUUACAGUGAACGUGUGCCAAGGGACACUAGGAGCUUGUUCCAUUUGGACAAAAUCAGAGGGGUGAUCAAGCUAGCAGCAAAAAUAGACACUGGCACAGCCACAUUUUACAAACUCACUAUUCUGGCCAUUGGACCUGGUUGUAUUCCUGCUGUUGCCACUGUUACUGUCAAUAUUAUCAAAGUUGUUACAGGACCCCCUGCUGUUAUACCUCGAUACAUUGCACCAGAAAAAGAUGGCGUGGUGACAAUAAAGGAGUCUGAGCCAGCGUUCUCUCCAAUAGCUUUUUUUACUGUCAAAAACAUUGAUGUGAACCAAAGGGUGGACUGCCAUUUGGAAGGGACUGGGCCCUUCAGGCUUGGCCCCUAUAAGCUGUUAAAGAAUGAAUAUCUGCUGGAGACUACAGAGGCCUUGGACUAUGAAAAGACACAGGAGUAUGAGCUAAUUGUGGUUGCUAAGAAUACUCAAGGCAUUCUCAUUAAGACCUUCCUUAAGGUGCAGGUAUUGGAUGAGAAUGAUAAUGCACCAGUGUUUGAUCAGGCUUUAGUGAAAAUAUCUGUGGAGGAGAACAACCCGCCAAAUACCUUCCUGACCCAACUUCAAGCGACAGACCAGGACAGCGAAAGCCGAGGUGAAGUCAUCUACCUCCUUGGAGGUGAUGCCCCAGGGAUCUUUCUUGUGGAUCGUGUUACCGGUGUCCUGACUGUGGCCACAUCUCUAGACCGCGAGGAGAAAGAGACAUACCGGUUCAUUGUGAGAGCAGUGGACCAGGGGACACCCAGGAGGGAGUCAAUUGCAACUGUGGUGUUGACCGUGCUGGACCGCAAUGACAACAGUCCACGUUUCAUUAAUAAGGAUUUCACAUUCUUUGUGCCAGAGAAUUUUCCGGGUUACGGUGAGAUCGGCAUCCUCUCUGUGACAGAUGCUGAUGCUGGGGAAAAUGGCUGGGUCGCCCUUUCCAUCCUCAACGGCAGUGACAUCUUUUUGAUUGAUACAGGCCGAGGGACUCUAAGGGCUAAGACUUCACUGGACCGUGAGCAACAAGGGACAUACCAGCUAUGGAUUGAGGCCGUUGAUGGCGGGGAGCCUGCACUUUCCUGCAUUACUUUGGUGACCGUGCUUUUGUUGGAUGUAAAUGACAACCCACCCAUUGUUCUCUUCCCUCAGUCCAAUCAGUCUUACAUGCUAGUACUACCCAAUACACUACCUGGAACAUCAAUCACAGAGGUCUAUGCUGUGGAUAAGGAUACAGGCAUGAACGCUGUGAUCGCCUAUAGUAUCAUAAAGAGGAAAGGUGGCGAACCAGGGUCUUUUGAUAUUGACCCAGAAACAGGAAAUAUCACUUUAAAAAGGGAGCUCAGCAACCGUGGGCUCUACAGCCUUCUGGUGAAGGUUAGUGAUCAUGGUCAGCCUGAACCACUUUACUCAACAGUCAUGGUUAACUUCUUUGUCAAUGAAACAGUGAGCAAUGAGAGCUACAUCCAGAGUCUACUGACCAGAGAGGCUGACAUUGAGGUAGAGGAAAGGCCCUGGUACGUUGGCCAGAUGAGAGAGGGACCUGAGAGGUAUGAGCUGUUCCCCUGUCAGCUUGUCCUCAUUGUUCUUUCAGUGAUAUGCGUAGUGCUGUUCUCUCUGGUUGUUACACUGAUAUCUUACAUAUGUUGUAAGAGAUUUAAAAAGCACAGAAAGAAAAGCUCAGAAGUGGAGAUACCUUUAAAAAAGAACGAUUCAAAAUAUGUUGUGAACAGAAAGCUCAGGCAAAUCUCAAACAUCUGAUAUUCAGUUGUCUACUCACCCAAAACUACUACGGUUUACAUGAAUGUUUACAAAACUCACUGUGAGAAGUGUAGUUCAUAUAUGAAGUUGCUCUUUUUGCUUUUGUAAAAUUAUUGUUAUUACUGCAUUAGAUUGCAAUUUGACAUAUAUGCCAUGAGAUUCUUUUCUUAAAAGGGGCACACAGAACCAUUCUCUACUCUAAUUUGUAUAUAUCUAUGAACCAUGACAGUGAUGUGAAGUCAAGCCAGAUAUGUAAGAAAACCAAAGUAAGUAAGUAAUAAAUAAUUAGACUUGGCAUUGAAGUAAUAACAGCUUUAUUACAAAGUCAUUAGAGCAAUUCAUUAACGGUUACUCAGUCUAAGGUUCUAUGUAAAUAUUGUACAAAAUGUUUUAGAACUUUAUGUAAAACUUUUGCAUUGCAUGAAAAGGACAAAAGACAGUUCAAGGCACAACAAAUGUUUCUUUAUUAUUGUUUAAUAAAUUUGUAGACUACCCCGCACAGUUACAAAUAUCAUGGAAAUAAGAUAACACUUUGACAUUGGAUACAUCUGGAAUUAUAAUCUAUUUAUUUAUUUUUUUUAAAUAUAUCUUUAGCUAUAUUCAUAAAGUAACUAUACAUUUCAAAAAAGGAUUGAUACAGAAAAUGUAACUCAAAAUGUAUUACUUAUUUAAGGCAUUACAAUUCUGCUAUAUUUGAAGAGCACACUGUGUCAGUGCACAGUGAGCAGUCAAAUUAUAUAAUGGUGUUGUAUAUAUAUGCACUCCAUGUAUGUGACCUGUCAAAGAAUUACGUAUGAUGAGCAUGACAAUCCAUUUCUGAAACUCAAUAGAAACAAUAGAUCAACCAAAAACAGAAACCUAACUCAAUUGCCACUUAUUAGUUUCUUUAAAUUGCUUCUCACAGUGUUCUUAAGCUCAGUUGUAAUGGGGUGUUGUGCAUUCCAUGAUAUAUACAGUAUAUUAUAUAUGAGUGAUAUACUAUGAGAUGAGGUUGAGAGCUCCAGAAAAAGUAAGUGGACCUUGAGCAGAAGAUUUUUCUUGCCAAAAUUCUGUAUGAUGGCUAACAGCAUGUUUAGUAACCAGAUGUCCCACUUUCUGUGAAUGGUAACAGAAGUUACAGAUCAUGUAUAUGAAACCUUUAAAUGCCAUCUCAGUAUGGCAAAGAGUCAAAUAUUUUUACCACACAGAUUAACUUGAAUUGUGUCCAAACCUCUUUGUUGUUAAACUGCUUCAACAUUAAUCAUGCUUCUUUAUACAGUCAUGCAAAUUUCAAUAUGUCUGUGAAAACAUGCUUUUUUCAAGUGUUUGUGAAA